AUGACUUCAGAUGCUUCAGCCAUGCCAAAGGGUCGACAGUUCGUUGCGGCAUUCUUUGAACAACUUUACCAAAGUGCAAGCAUUCCAAACAUGUUCUUUGUGAUUCUGUCUGAGGUGAAUGCCACUGUUCACGUUGAGAGUGGAUUCGGUAUUUCGAAAGAUUUACACAUCCAAGCCAUGGAAGAAUACAAGUACAAAGUUGAUGAAAGUUUUUAUUACCAAGCCAACCUUCAGGUGACUGACAUGUCAUUCUACUUUUCAUCCACUGAGGAUAUGACCCUGUUCUGUUACCACACACUUGCUCAUAGAGGAGAUGGAUACCUUGCCUUACCGACCGAGACAUUAUCGACGGAAUAUAUCGUAAUAACACACAUUGAUGAUAACACUGGAGAUCAGCCAGAGCUUGUUUACACAUCAACAACACAAACUGUUUUCCUCAUCGUCGCUACGGAGGAUAAUACCCAGGUGAACGUCAGUCUUAAAAUACAAGGACCCCUCAUGGCAGGUGGGUGUGGCAAUGGAACAUUCUUCAAUGGGGAGAGCAGAACGUUUACACUCAACAAGUAUCAGACUGUUGGUGCCUACUGUGCCGAGGACAUUACUGGAACACUGAUCACCAGUGAUAAACCUGUGGCAGUGAUUAGUGGACAUAAUAUGAAGUACAUGGCUGGCAUUAAAGAUGGCAUGCAAGAAAUGUUGUUGCCCGUAAAGUCAUUUGGAAGAAGCUAUUACUUGCCAGUACCACCAUCUAUCACUGGUGGGGCCAUAUACAGAGUUGUUGGAUCAGUAGCGUCAACCUCCGUCCGCUCCCCGUACGUCAGUGGUAUAUCCUUCAGCGUGGGUCAACGGGAGUUUCAUGACAUAACUGUUGACUCCUCCACAGGUCCAGUGUACAUUGAAGCGGACAAGCCCGUCAUGGUUGUUCAGAUAGCCAUAAAAACACCAUCACUGGCACUCGUUCCACCGACCAGUUUAUACUCCAGCUCUUAUGCCAUCGGAAAACCUGUUAUUCAUGCUACAUAUGACCUGAAGAAGGUGUAUAUAACAGUCAUUGUUCCAACUGACAAGGUUCUCGGAAUACGUCCACAGAUAUUUCCCCAAUUUAAGGUAAUUAAAGGAAGCUGUUUCUCUGAGGCAUCAGUGGAGUUGACAACCCCAGGAUUUUACCGCCUGACCCACGUUGAUGAUGUUCCAUUUGGAGCUAUGAUGUACAUGUUUCCGUUUGCUGACACUCAGUGUGUGUUUACCCACCCGGCUGGAUUAAAUCUGACAGAUGAUGCAGGUAAGCUUAAAUAUUAUUCAGUUAUGUCGCAUCAUUAUGACAAUAUCACAGGGGAUUACUUUGACUGUGACUUUUCCUCAAUAACUGGAAUGUACUUGUUUCUGGCCCCCGCACAGGCCACUCUCGAGAAGUAUCAACUGCAAUGUGUUCAAAUGGAAUAUUGGGAAUACAACCUAGCAGGCCUGCCCUUUCUACAGGGAAUCUGCAACUCAGGAUGUUUGGAUUAA